GAAACAACAUUUUUGCUUACUCUUGGUAAGUGUUAGAUCAUCAAAGUUCCAAUGGCGUGCUUUGUAGAUUAUUAUUAUUAUUAGUAGUAGUAGUAGUAGUAGCAGUAGCAGUAGCAGUAGCAGUAGCAGUAGCAGUAGCAGUAGCAGUAGCAGCAGCAGCAGCAGCAGCAGUAGCAGCAGCAGCAGUAGCAGUAGCAGUAGCAGUAGCAGUUGCAGUUGCAGUUGCAGUAGCAGCAGCAGCAGUUGCAGUUGCAGCAGUAGCAGUAGCAGUUGCAGUAGCAAUAGCAGCAGCAGUAGUAGCAGUAAUAGUAGUAGUAGCAGUAGCAGUAGCAGUAGCAGUUGCAGUUGCAGUUGCAGUUGCACUAGCAGCAGCAGCAGUUGCAGUUGCAGCAGUAGCAGUAGCAGUUGCAGUAGCAAUAGCAGCAGCAGUAGUAGUAGUAGUAGUAGUAGCAGUAGUCAAUUUAGAAUUGUCGGACGUUGACUUAGAUAUUGAAAAAGGACACGCAAAUAUUCAUUAAUAAGGCAUUGAGAACGCUAUUUAAUUUCCUUUUUUAGUAAUUUUCUUAGUAAGAAUGCGUUUAACCUUGAAAAUAGUUUUUUGAAUCGAAAUGGAUUGUUUUAAUUGAAAUGAAAUAAUUUUAAUUCGAAUAAUUUUUUUAAUUAAAUGAAUCUUUUUCUUAUCAAAAUUAAGUGGUUUUUUUUUAAUCAAAAGGAAUUGUAAAUAGUGGUUUGACGGAAUAGUUUUUUAAGCGAGUUAAUUGUAAAUAGGAUUUUAAUAGUUAACAUUGUUAUUAUUAUUAUUAUUUAUUUAAAAUAUUAAUUAUUAGGAUUCUAAUAGUUUUUUUAAUAAAAUUAAUUAUUAUUAUUAUUAUUAUUAUUAUUAUUAUUAUUAUUAUUUGUAUCUUUGUUGAUGUAUUUAUUUGGUUAAUUUUGGUUUAUUUUGGCGGCAGUUGUUCUCAGCAUGAAGCAUAUGAGGCGCCGGGUAAAAGAAAUGGUUUAUAUGCCUUUCAUUUGCUAAACCACCUAACACGAAACGAGAGGAUAGAGCUUAUUCUUAUGGAUGUGGCACGUGGUAUGUUGAAGGAAGAGUUGCUUAGUUAAACCAUAGUUAGAAGAGGAAAUUGGUUAGAAAACCCGGCAAACAUCAAAGUUGAAAACAAUGGUGCUGUAGGUUAAGUUGGGAGCUCCCUGACCGUGCACAAUCCUUUGUUUUCUGUUCACAAAUUAUGAAAAAUGAGUUAACAGUAACUGCGGUCGUUUCGUCCCGACUUAUCUGACUACACAGCAAACUGCGCACCGAACGACGAAUAAAUUCCGGGCGAAAAGAUCGGAAUUACAAAGUGAUUUUAGCAAGAGGUGAUUGGGUGAAAAUUCCACAAAAAAAAACAGCCCCACUCCCUGGUGUUAGGAAUAUUUGUGGAAUGUGGCUGGUAAUGACGUUCAGUGUUAUCAGCCUCAGUUACUGUAACGAAAAUUUGCAUGGCGAUUGUCGCACUUUUUAACUUGGAACAUUCUGAGGACAAAAAAGAUAAGUUAAAUUUUCAUUUUGACGGAAAGGAGACCACCGGGAUUUAGCUUUGUCAAAUGCCUUUUUGUUUUUGCUAAAAAAAAAAAAGAGAAUUAGUGAAUAGUUUUAGGUAUUAUUAUAGCUGCUAUGAGUUCGUGCAUAUAGCUGUGUAUAUUUUCACAGAUGUUACCAGGGAAAGCACUCGAAGCCUUAUUCAGCGACCCUGCCAUGAAUCUGAUGCAGUGGCUGAUUGCCGCUUAACAGAUCCCAUUAUCCCUACAGUGCGUCCAAGAGAAUUUGAAGAAAGGAUUCAGCUCUGGAACCAAGCUCACUGUGAGUGUACCGUAUUAACUCGAGUAAAUAAGCGGCACGGCCCGAUAUAAUCAAAAUCAGAAGACGAUAAUUCUGUUAGUUUAAUACGGAAAAUAAUACUUCUGUAUUUGAAACAAUUCUUUGUCUCGUCCAACUUUUAAAUAGGCGCCGCUUGUUCGAGUGGAUACGGUAUUGACUGUUUUCUUUCUGCAGUCAUCAAAUUUCUGCCCGUGCCACAGUUACAAUUUCACUCUCAGAGUAAUUCGCAAAGACAAGAUGCAGUUCUUUAAUUUGAAUCCUAUGGUGUGCCUAGUCUAACCUCAGCAGUACUUCCACGCGGUAGUGUUUAUUUAUACGGCAUAAACUGGUCCUAGUUUUUUAGUUUCUUGGCAAAAUCAAGCCGUGUGAACUAAGAGGACGAAAAUUGGUGCUUUGGUUAUUCAGUACCUUGCAGUUUUAAAAUGUGAAAUUUUAUGUGAAAGUUUGCCUGAACACCUUUCAGACAAACGGCAAAUGAGCAGAGAAGGUCAUUUUUCCUACUGAUUAUUACGCGUGUCGUUUGUUGCCCGAUUUGAAGGUGAAGAGGAGUGUUUUCGUGCUCAUAAAUUGCGUGAGUGCGAACUUUUCUUUUUAAUCGUUUCCUGAAACAGUAGCAAUCGUAUGGCCAUCCCUGCCGUUUACCGUCAGCGUGGUACUUAACUUUGUAGAGUCUUGCCGCCAGCCUGUGAGAGAAUGUGACUUAACACUCACAGACAACUUACAGUAAGUUAAGGUGCGUAAAAAACGGGCAAUAAAAACGUGCAACUUGUCUUGCAACAUUGAUGCAGAACAAGUUGAAUAGCGAUAUUACGCGUUUUACAACCUAAAUCAAACCUGUCUUGCAACAAAUCAGGUUGUUAACAGGUUUAAACGUGGGUGGUAAAACGCGCAACAUCGCUAUUCAACUUGUUCUGCAGCACUGGGUGUUGCAAGACAAAUUGCGCGUUUUUUUUGUUGCCCGUUUUACGCAUCUUUACUGUUUGUAAGUUGUUAACUGUUGUUGUUAGGCAACUGAAUAAAACUCAGCCAGGAUGAUGAGUUACAGAGAGCAAUUUAUUUUUAUUUUACAGUUCUUCCAGGAGAUAUAAGACCUAUAGAGAGAGACGGUAUAACCAUCACUUUUAAUUAUCGACCAGUAUUUUCGAAUGUCCUGGACAUAGCAAUAACGGCUCGCAACUCCAACCCUGUGACACUUCACCAAGUUGUAAUGGGACUAGAUGUACCUACGGUAAGUUUACAGUCUUUUCUCCAUAUAUUGAAAUGCCAUAUUUACAAUAACUGAGUGAUUUUUCGCGCGCUGAUUGGUCGAUAAGAGCAUAGACCAUAGUAAUCACGUGAUGGUGGCGCAACUUGUUUUUCUCUUUCUCUCGAGCGCGAUUAUCCGAGAAACUUCAACAGAAAUGGAGGUCAAAACUGUCAAUGUCAUUGUAAAAAACAAAUCGACAACAAUUUUCCAUGGUCUAUAGAGUAUGAUAAUAAUAAUAAUAGUUUAUUGAUAUCCCUCUCGCAGCCUAAAGGCUGAAUUAGAAGGAAGGUCAGUGACAAUAACAGAAGACAAUACGAUACAAAAACAAUCAAAUAGAUAAUUAUGUAAAUAUGAUUAAAAGCACUACAUAACAGAGAAAAAAUAACAGAGCACUGGAUUACAACUGGUCUUGAAACUUAAUGGUGCAGAAAUCUGCGAACCGCUUUGUCUUGGGGACAAGGCGCACCGGAACACGUUCGCCUGAACGGAAGCAGUAUAGCCUGUCAAUUGACACACAAGGAAUUAAUGGCUUGAGUACCGGAGACGACAGGCAGUCACGCUUGAUAAAAUUUAUGCAAGCUUCCUCCCUUCUCUGGGAAAGGGCAGUGAUGCCAGAUUGAAUUAGGGCGUCGUCAUAGUGACAAUUCGGCAAAACGAUGCGUAGGACCCCUUUUUGUACAUGACGUCACGGCGGCCAUAUUGGUGUCCCAAAUAAUGAAACGGCGGCCAUGUUGGUGUCCCAAACCAAUCAUGUGGGAUUUGAACUCUUUUCGUACGCAAACGCUUUCUCUUGUUCCAAUAAAUUUGUAUAGAUGCUGGCCUCGUGAGUGAAAACGCUCUAUACUCUUAUCAACAAUGGAAAUGACGUCAAAAUGUUCGCUUGCGGCUCGUGGUUACACUUUGAGUUCUGAACAUUUUGACGUCAUUUUUGUGAUCGAUAAGGGUACAGACCAUGGAGAACUGUUGUCGAUUUGUUGAAUAUGCUGUAAAAGGUAAACGACGCCCGGCCCACACUAGCGACGCAAGCAUGACACAAGAAUAAGCAAGGGCGUGACAAGACUUGCUACAAGUCGACCUCUCAGAAGUGUCUAAAAUCGAGAGAAGUGAGCUUCAAUGAAGUCGCGCAGCCAUCGAGCGUGCGACGUCGACUUGUUUCGCCUGAAAUGUGAAUGGACUUGAAUCAUAUUACAAAUUCACUCGAGAAAAAAUGAUUGACAUAUGCUAUGUCGGGAGUGGCGUCUAAUAUCACUCACUCUCCUAUUGGUCAAUUGUCAUGACGUCACCGGUGGAAUUUUUCACCGGUUAAUUUCGCGCCAAACAGGUGUGAAACUGGCAUAAACUGGCAUAAACAGGAAAAAGUAAAGGACUUUUAGAAAGUCUACAAUUUUCCCCGAACUAAGGAAAACUGUGUCAUUUCGCUAACUCCCAGCAGCAGUUGUUGCUAACAGGAAUUGAUUUCACAUAUUCUGUUUCUUGACAAUAUAUAUUUAACUCUCUUUGAAGCCGGUUAUGACUCACCUUCGACAUGUGACUGGUGAAGUCCUUGAUCCCUAUAUGGGGACGAUAACGCAAGUUGUGCAGCUGUACAGACUACAAAAGUUAGAGGUAGAAUUUUUGUUGUUGUUCUUCUUUAAACAUAGCCUGCGUAGCGGACGCCGGUUUUUUGACGUUCUGUGCUCCCUCAUAGAACGUAGAAAACGGAAAACUAAGCCUUAGGCUGUAGGCGCCUCCUCUUCCCUUCGAGCGUUCCCCUCGCGAGGUCCAUAAAACACGGGCGCCUCCUACGCAAGGCUAUUUAAACCAUGAAGUUUCAUGUGUAAACAUCAGCAUAAUAUUAAACAAUUAUUCCUCGAGCCCGAAUGGGCUCUGAGUCAAUAGCUCAUGAGGCCGAAGACCGAAUGGGCUAUCGACUCAGAGGCCAUGAGGGCGAGAGGAAUAAUUGUUUUUGUAAAAUACAAUUAGUUGGUCAAAAAUAUCGAGAAUAAAAAACUUUUAGCUAGUUAAAGCUAGACUUUAGUCCUUUUUUUGUCACCAAAAAGCCCGCGCUUUUCGCUACUAGUGGGCUAUAACAUAUAGCCUAGUAGUAGCUCAACCAAUCAGAACGCAGCAUUGAUAAUAGACCACUAGUUGGAUUUUACUAAACAAUAAUACCAAUCAGUUUUAUUUUAUUUUAGUUCAAUUCCCUCCUUAGUUUUUCCUGGAGGGAAACAAAACAUUUGAUGGAAAAACAAAACGAAACAAACCAAAACAUAAGGCGGAAGGAAUUAAUGUGAUAGGUUGAAGAUGAAAAAAAAAAAUGAAGUGAAUGUUAGGGACACCGCAAUAGCAGGGAGUUAUUUCGAGUUAUUUUGUAUGCUGCUCACCAUGUUUGACAUACAGCUAAAUCACAAAUGUAGCCUCUGCUCUUAUUCAACCCAUUCUGGCUGGUUUAAUCUUUACUCGUUUCGUUUUGAGAUGGAGACACCGGUUGUUUACUAUUUACAUGGGAAAACUGGUCGGGUCGGUUCACGGUUUGGGCAAAUGAUAAGCAAAAUUCAAGACUGGUGAAUUUCGUCCCGGAAUCGCCUUUACCAUGUGCACUAAUCAGUUACAUUACCGAAAACGGCCGCGAAAGGCUGAAACUGGUAUCAAAGAUGGCUUUGAAGAAAUGGAACACGAAAUCAGACUUUCCGUUUCUCCCGGAAAUUUUCUACCGAAACGACCCGAAAAGUCGCGUCCCAUUUACUUUCUAUUCCGGCUUUUUAUUUCCCAAAAACUUUUUGUAAAUGAUAAACAACCACCGCGGACUAUUUUAAAGCUCCACCCCUCUACCUUGUUUUUAGCAUCGCCCACGACGAGUGUAGUGGAAACGUCAAUUUUAAAAUGGAUUCGUGUUUUUUCAAACUUUGUCGCGUUUAUUCCAAUUUGCUGAAAUUGUCAAAUGUAGGCGAAUUUCCUAGGAGUUGAUUUCUUGGGCACCGCACUGAAGUUUAGAAAGAGAAAGAAAAUUCGUCGUCGCUUUUAACAUCCUCCAUAAAACGUCAAGUUAGGUAGUGUCACGUCGUAGUCGUGUAGUGACGGCGAAGAAAUGUACAAAAAAAGCGUGAUACACGUGCAAAGUUGUUGUUUUGCCUAACAAACUUAUUGCUUUUUUGACAUCCUCGUUGCUAAAGCUCCCCAGUAAGAAGUUUUCUGACACUUUGUUUUACCACUUAGGAUCCCUUGGUGGCCAAGUUCAAAAUAUACUACGACAACGGUAACGAGACAAGAGAUUUUGAGGAAACAGUUUGUCUCGGGUGUCCUCUGAUAUCGUCCGUUUUUGCUCGGUGGGAUUGGUGGAUAACAUGCGGACAGAUACCUCAAGGAAAAUGUACCCAGGUUUAAUUGCAGCAGAGUUAGCAGAGGGCAUUGAUGGCAAUGGCUUGCUUUGAAACCUAGGCAGUUCUGUUAGGAAUGUUGACGUUAUUUUUUAUACAGAGUAUCGUCAACAGAGUCUCUUGGUAUCGUAAAACCAGCACAAGUGAUUUUCUCUUGGCUUUUAGUGGCCAAUCACGACAGAUGCUCACAUUUCAAGGAACCAAUCAGAACUCGAGCAAAAUUCAUCACCAGCACGAAGCUUGCCAACCGCGGGAAAAAAAGACUGCGAGCAAGGCGUGAUUGGUUUGGGUUCGAAGCUUGGUGUUAAGACUUUGUUUAAAACAAUGGCACGAGAUAUUUAUAGUCAUAAACCGAGUUAUGGAAAAUCAAGGAAAGUACCAAACUGUAUUCGUCGUGACCGAAAACCCCUCUGUUGUCAUCUUAAUUAUCUUUUAGCGCACGCCGUGAUCUUAGACAGACUCCACACAGAGACACGAUAAAUUCAGAAUUGUUUGGUCCCACAUCAGAAAUGUGGCCUCUUCGGAUCGUCUUCCGACGCACAAGGGUGCAUUUGAGAAACUUUCGGUAUACCUUGAAUUACUACGGAACCUUCCUGAUAUCAAAUUACGCUUCUAAAUUGGUACUUUUACAGAAAUUGUUUAACCACGCCGUGAUCUUAGACAGACCCCAUACAGAGCAUAAAUUCAGAAUUGUUUUGUCCCGCAUCAGAAAUGUAGCCACUUCGGAUCGUCUUCCAAUGCACACUGGGGGUUCAUUUCAAGGAUUUGAGAAAUCUUCGGAAAACCUUGAGAUACUACGGAAUCUUCCGGAUACUAAAUCACGGUUCUAAAUUUGAUGAAUGUCAUCAUCAUUGUCCUUGGUCCCCAAAUGGGAAAUUGAACCGUGUUGAUAAAUGUACUUUAAGUGUAAAUGGUAGUAUUAUUCAUUCAAAAUAUUUUGCCGUGUCUGACUCUGCUCCAAUCCUCUGGCUAUCUUUUCAUAACCAGCCGUCGCUGACUAUAUUUGGAAAGUGCAGGCUACAUUAAAUAGCCGCCUCAUUUCCAGGCAGCGACGCUGCGGCCUAGCCUGUUUAUGCAAGAGUGAACUCAAAAAAAGCGGAAGAGUUUACUUAAGACGAAGAAGCCGAAUUCCUUCGUGA